CCCCCUUCCUCCUCCCCUCGCCUCUUCUUCCCUUCUCAUUUGAGGAAAGGGAGCGGGAAGGAUGGGCUGGUGGCUGCGACCAUGGCACCCCGAGGACGCAGGCAGCGACCGCUUCCCGAAGCCUGGGCAGGUGCCCACGACCUGGGUGCAUCUGGCGCACCACGUGACGGUCGCGGCCUCGUGGAUUGGCGUGGCGGUGUUCGUCCCUGGCCAGUUGCCGUCGCUGGCGCUGACGUUCGGCAUGUUCCUGUACGCCGACGCAUACUCUGCCGUGCUCCAUGCGUUUUUCGACAAGCCGGAGGCGUUGAGCUUGCCGGCUCUGGGCCACUCGGCGCAGGGUUUCCAGAUGCAUCACGACCACCCCAUUGCGUCCACGAGAGAUCAAGGCCUGUAUCGCCUCUUCAGCGACACGGUGAAGAUCCAGUGGAUCACCGGCUCGUGCGCCCUGAUGUUCGCCAGCCACACGGCUUUGACUUUGCGCGUCGUCGCCCUCAAGUGGGCGAUGUGCGCGUACGGAACUCAGCUGGCGCAUUAUUGGUCGCAUUCCCCCCCUUCCGAACGGCCGCUCUACGUUAGAGUUCUGCAGAGGUGUCACAUCUUGCUUCCACAGCAGCACCACCGUGUUCAUCACCAGCCCCCCUACAACAGGAACUUCGGCAUCGUCAGCGGCCUGUGUAAUCCGCUGCUUGAUCCCAUGCUCCGUGGUAUGCCGUUCAGGCUACUAUUUGCGCUAUGGACGGUUCUGACUUUAUUCGAUGUCACUAUCAUCCAAGUUAUUCUCUGUAGAUUGCCGUUUGCGUGAGUAAUUGGGUUGACGCAAUUAUGCCGACUCUCUGGGUGUCGACGGCAUCCGAGAUACGUAAUUUGGGAGGAUCAUGUUUGCCCAGCCUACCUUCGCCACCUGGUGCUGGCUCCAAGGAACAGUGGUUGGAAGGAGCACCGAGCGUCACCAGGCCUCCGACAAGCACCGGCCAGAGGGGCAGAGCCAGUGACGCUCCCACGCUCGUCGUGGGCAGUUCCGCGCCUCACUGGAAUCAUUGCUCGAGCCUGACUGUAGCACCGUGGUGCUUUGGUGUCUUCCAGGUUCCUCUUUCUUCUCCCCAUCCUGCUCCUCCUCCUCCUCCUCCUCCUCCUCCUC